CUAGGGACCAUGAUGCUCUGCUAGUUCUGUGUGUGAGUGUGUGAGACAGCCGGACAGUGAGCAGACGGCUGUCUGUGUCUUGGAGUGUCCGUGGGUCUCUUCAGCAGAGAUGGCUAAACUCAAACCCUGGAUCAGCAUCCGAUUUUGUGUUGUCAUAGUAACUCUGUUCUUUAUUUAUGUACAAGUUUCCAGACAAAACAAGCUGAUACAAACAGAAAAACGUGAGCUGCUGACUUCCACAGAGAUUCCAGCUGAACACAUCGACCCUACUUCCAUAGAUCUUACCGCACUAGUCAACACGCUCAUCAAUGCUUCACAACCAGACUCACAAAAUCUUUUCUCCUUACUGAGUGUGACAUCACACAGUUCCCUCUCUCUCCAUAAACUCACGCUACUGGUCUACAACAUCUCAAACUUUCAGGACAUUGAGACCAGUUUGUUUUCCUCGAAAUACUGUUACUGUCUGACAAACAGCACCAAUGACCUCACAGAUUUCACAGCUGUUCUCUUCGAUGUGAUGGGAAAUUCUACUAGUUACCUGCAGGAGUUGUUUAAAUCUAACUCCAUCCUCUCUGUCAGUCAGAAGAACAGCUCUGACUGCAUCUACAUCUGUGUCAUGGCUGGAAAGACAGUGAUCUCUCUCAGCUGUGGGACUUGGGCUCAGUCACACCUCUGUUUAACCAAACCAUCACAGAAGAUAGAUCCAGAGCUAAUAUCACAUUUCCACUGGUGCCUUUUGUGUGGCAUGACCUUCCAAACAACAGUGAACUGGUACUAUGGCAUAAACCCAGUACAGAUUCUCAUUCGACCCCCAGUAAGGAAACAACCAGCAAUACAGAAUCAAAGACAACCGUGCCACACACUAGGGCUACUAUGACAUCAUCACCUUCUACUGCACCCAGUGUAGCUCCAUCAACCACGGCAACUGCUGAUAUUGUGCCAACCACUCCAACUGUUUCUAUGCCAACAUCUGCUUUAAUGACAACCACACCUAUU